UGCCUCAGCUUCGGUCCAGAGAGGACCCGGCGCCGAACACUGACGGGCCCAGGUGUCGGGAAAAUGAUCCACAGUCUAUUUCUCAUAAACUGUUCCGGUGACAUAUUUCUAGAGAAACACUGGAAGAGCGUCGUGAGCCAGUCUGUCUGUGAUUAUUUCUUUGAAGCUCAGGAGAAAGCUGCUGAUGUCGAAAAUGUACCACCUGUCAUUUCAACACCUCACCACUACCUCAUCAGUAUCUACCGGGAUAAGCUCUUCUUUGUGUCUGUCAUACAGACUGAAGUGCCACCUCUCUUUGUAAUUGAGUUCCUACAUCGAGUUGCUGAUACUUUUCAGGACUACUUUGGUGAAUGCUCAGAGGCUGCAAUUAAGGAUAAUGUGGUCAUAGUAUACGAGCUCUUGGAAGAAAUGUUAGACAAUGGAUUUCCCCUGGCUACUGAAUCUAAUAUUUUGAAAGAACUGAUUAAACCACCAACAAUUCUACGUUCUGUUGUCAACUCUAUUACAGGCAGUAGUAAUGUUGGGGACACACUCCCUACUGGUCAGCUGUCCAACAUCCCAUGGCGCCGGGCAGGGGUAAAGUACACAAACAACGAAGCCUAUUUUGAUGUCGUUGAAGAAAUAGAUGCAAUUAUAGAUAAAUCAGGAGCUACAGUCUUUGCAGAGAUUCAGGGGGUCAUUGAUGCUUGCAUUAAGCUCUCUGGAAUGCCUGAUCUCUCCCUUUCUUUCAUGAACCCAAGGCUUCUGGAUGAUGUCAGCUUCCACCCCUGCAUCCGGUUCAAGCGUUGGGAAUCUGAAAGAGUUUUGUCAUUUAUUCCUCCAGAUGGAAAUUUCCGACUCAUAUCAUACCGUGUCAGUUCACAAAAUCUAGUGGCAAUACCAGUGUAUGUGAAACAUAGCAUCAGCUUUAAGGAGAACAGUUCUGCCGGCAGAUUUGAUAUAACAAUUGGACCAAAGCAGAAUAUGGGAAAAACUAUUGAAGGAAUUACAGUGACAGUUCACAUGCCAAAAGUUGUGCUGAAUAUGAACCUGACACCAACACAAGGCAGCUAUACAUUUGAUCCAGUCACCAAGGUACUAACAUGGGAUGUGGGAAAAAUUACUCCACAAAAGCUCCCAAGUCUUAAAGGGCUGGUAAAUUUACAGUCUGGAGCACCCAAGCCAGAAGAGAAUCCAAGCCUCAACAUACAGUUCAGGAUCCAGCAACUUGCAAUUUCAGGUUUAAAAGUAAACCGCUUGGACAUGUAUGGGGAGAAAUAUAAGCCAUUUAAAGGAGUCAAAUACGUCACAAAAGCUGGAAAGUUCCAAGUGAGGACAUGAGAAGAGGCCAAAAUUCCUCAAGAUCAGUUUGUUUUCCAAGCAUCAUUAUAAGUUACUACUAUUAGGUACCAAGUGGGUGGGAAUACAUAUUCUAGUUAAAGCAUUUGUGUCAAGCUGCACAUCGCUAACAAAGUCACUUAGUAAUCAGUGUAGGGUUCUUAAGAAGCUUUAAGCUAAGGAAACUUUUCUAAUGACUUAGCUUAUUUUGUAUCUUUUCACUUAGGAAGAUUUUGGAGGUGAUUUCUUCCAUAGAGAGGAACCAGCUGUCCACUGCACAUUGUAACAGUAAAGGCAGAAGGCUACAGUGAUACCCUCUCUCCUAAAACAAUUGAUGAACUGGUCUCAUCCAGCAGGAGCUAUCUUAAUCUGUGAUGUGAUUUGUCAGGUGCAGCCAAAUGUCACACCUUCUGAUCUUAGCCAUCCCAAAUCAGUGUCUGUCCCAACAGGAAAUUCCCCCCAGCCCCAAAAGUUUACAAAAAACUGCCUCUUCAAGUGUUUGCCUUAUUCAGCUUUUCACUUGUGCCAUUAAGCAAGCACUGUAGCAAGAGCCACAUCAACCUGGCCCUGGAAGGGGGCACUGCUGCUCCUUGCUCCAUUCUCACUGUACUUGGUUAUUGUAUUUUUUAUAAAUAAGAUUUUUAUGUAAAGCUCAGAUUUUGAUUUACAGGGACAUUGCUGCAGUAAAUACCAUCUCAACUUUGUGCCACUGGUUCAGCUGUUAGCACAGUAAAAAUCAUUUGUAUCAAAGGGGCAAAUGCUUUAUUAAGGUAGUAAAAAGGAACACUACUGCUUUUAGGAAGUUACUGCAAGCACAAGUGUUUACACUUUUAAGCAAAUUAAAGUACUAAAAGAGAAACAAGUGAAACCUUUGCCAUCUUCAUGUUUUAUAAAGAUUAUCCAACACCACUUAAACUGUAGUUAGCCUAAAUGUCUCAGCAAAAUUAGGAAAAUGUGCCUGCCUCACUACCAUCAGUCUUUUUAAAUCUUUUUCUUUGUUGUUGUUCUCCUUAAGGAGUUGAAUUUGCCUCCAUGCCUUGACUUUAGGGGGAAUCUCCCUUUUCAUACUGUGUGCUUCCCAAGGUUAUAAUCAUAGAUUGCUUCCUGAAACUGUGGUCAUAAUUGUUACUGGAGUACCUAAAUGUCUCUACCAUGCUUACAAAGCACAUGGAAGUACGUUAUAUUGAGACAGAAGCAAAAUCCUCAGUAACAUUAACGAUACCAUAAUGAUCAUCAUGGUUGAAAAGUCAAUGUACAGUUGUAUCAUUUCACACAAUUUUAUUGGCUUGGUAAUGUUUGCCCAGUUAUUUUGCUUCAUUAGACAUGAAGAAAUGGAGAAAGGCUGAAAGUUAAGAUAUCAGUGCUUGUUUUUCAUAUUUCCUUCUUGUUCUUACUUAUGCUAUGAGUUUUCUUCUCCUUGCAGCUCCAUUCUUUUCUUCUUUCAUUCUUCUCAGCUUUUAACUCUCUCUUAUCAUGCUAAGGAUAACUUGUACACUCAUCCCAUUUAUGCUGUCAAGGGCUGGCUUGUAUAGAGGGAGCCCACUAAACAGCAUUCUUACCUUUGCCUGCCUAGGGCACCCAACCUGCCUUUCAUCUAAUAAGAAAAGCCACUUUUUACAACUUCUGAAUUUCUAGAAUAAUCAAUCUCAGAUUGGCAGCUAAAGUCAAAAUGUUGCCAAAUAUUUAUUCCCUUUACCUAAGGUUGGUUACCCAGUUCAAUUGCUUUUCAUUUUUAUUAUCUUACUCUUACUCUUCAGAAUUCUUACCUCAAAAAAGACCCCAGAGCAUUUGCUUUUCUUUUUGCAGAAUCCAUAAUCUCAACUAUCCAUACCUGGGCUGUCCAGUUUUCCUCCUGUGCUAUCUUCUCUUAUAUCCAAGAGUCCCAUCUAGCAACUUCUGCUAAAACAUCCAAGUAGACUGUUUCCUUUUACAAUUAAAUUAUUGUAUUUAUUAAUUUAUAGAAUCAAGUAAAUCCUUUUUCUGACUCUGGCUAUACUGUCAAUAAAAUGAUAAAAGCAA